GAGAAGACAAAGCAGAGAUAAGCAGGGCUCGCUGACGUGACACUUGCCAGCCUCUGGCCAGCAUGGUUGUCCUGAAUCCAAUGACUUUGGGAAUUUAUCUCCAGCUUUUCUUCCGCUCCAUCGUGUCUCAGGCGACUUUCGACAACAGCACCCUCCCAAUCUCAGCAGCCCUGCCCGGCCCGGCCCCGAAGCGGCCCUGCUGCCCGCCCACGCCGCCGCCGCCGCCGCUCUGCCCGCCGCCCCUCUUCCGCGCCGGACGCAGCCCGCUUCUCUCCCCAGACAUGAAGAAUCUCAUUCUGGAACUCGAGACAUCGCAGUCCCCAUGCAUGAAAGGCUCGCUUGGCUCCCCUGGGCCUCCUGGCCCCCAGGGUCCACCGGGGCUUCCUGGCAAGACAGGACCAAAGGGAGAAAAGGGGGAGCUUGGCCGACCAGGAAGGAAGGGCAGACCUGGUCCCCCAGGUGUUCCUGGCAUGCCUGGGCCUGUUGGCUGGCCAGGCCCUGAAGGACCCAGGGGUGAAAAAGGUGACCUGGGUAUGACGGGAUUGCCAGGGUCAAGAGGACCAAUGGGCUCCAAGGGCUACCCUGGAUCCAGAGGGGAAAAGGGAUCCAGAGGUGAAAGGGGUGACUUGGGUCCCAAAGGAGAAAAGGGUUUCCCGGGAUUUCCUGGAAUGUUGGGGCAGAAAGGUGAAAUGGGUCCAAAGGGUGAGCCUGGCAUAGCAGGACACCGAGGGCCCACGGGAAGACCAGGAAAACGAGGCAAGCAGUGUCUACAUUUCAUCUUAGUAAAUGAGUCAGCAGUAGAUUGCUUGGACAAGAGAGGCCUAACCAGAUUAUAUAUAAUGCUGAGAGGUGAACAUCUUUGGGGACAGAAAGGAGACAGUGGAGUUAUGGGCCCACCUGGCAAGCCUGGGCCUUCCGGUCAACCCGGCCGUCCAGGCCCCCCAGGGCCCCCAGGUCCACCAUCUGCAGGACAACUUGUAAUGGGACCCAAAGGGGAAAGAGGAUUUCCCGGGCCUCCAGGAAGAUGUCUUUGUGGACCCUCUAUGAAUGUGAAUAACCCUUCCUACGGGGAAUCCGUGUACGGGUCCAGUUCCCCGCGAGUUCCUGUGAUUUUCGUGGUCAACAACCAGGAGGAGCUUGAGAGGCUGAACACCCAAAAUGCCAUUGCAUUCCGCAGAGACCAGAGAUCUCUGUACUUCAAGGACAGCCUUGGCUGGCUCCCCAUCCAGCUAACCCCUUUCUACCCUAUGGACUACACUGUAGACCAGCGUGGCACCUGUGGGGACGGGGUCCUGCAGCCUGGGGAGGAGUGUGACGACGGCAACAGUGAUAAGGGUGACGACUGCAUCAGCUGUCACCGGGCCUACUGUGGAGAUGGUCACCGGCACGAGGGUGUGGAGGACUGUGAUGGCUCCGACUUCGGCUAUGUGACGUGUGAGACCUAUCUCCCUGGGUCGUAUGGAGACCUGCGGUGCACGCAGUACUGCUACAUUGACUCCACACCGUGCCGCUACUUCACCUGAGGGCCGUGAGGGGAAGGUGGGCUGUGACCCACGCAACCGGCAGCAGCUUCUCCACCCUCAGCAAACUGGCCUUGCACCAUCCCGGUCCAGUUUCCACCACACUUUGUGUGAUAAAAACAAGGACAAAUUCUUUCUGCUAAGACAUGCUUUUAACUGAGUCUGGCUGGAAGAAUUUAGGACCACUGCAUCCUGUCUUAAUCCAAAGUACCAGAAAACCUUCCACAUGCCCAGCCUGGGAACUGCUCCCCACUGCUACCAUCUGGCCAAGUAGCCAGCUACAAUGCCCUUUCUCUUCUGGAAUGUCACCAACCCAGGCAACCCAGGCCAUGGACUUGGCUUAGCACUGUUAGACACACAUAGACCUGCGGGGCUGUUUUAGUUUGUUCUGAUCUCGUGUGGGGAGUCUGGUGUACAGGCCUCCAGCCCCUCUGACUGCUGGACAUGUGGGCACUCUCACCCAGGGCAACCAGCUGUCAGGUUUCUCAAGGCCUGUGAACCAUGAGGCAGGAACAUGGGCACGUUCUCUCAGUGUGGCUCACAGCUCUGGACCUGCCGAGACCCCUCAACUGGCCACAGCCCAGACCAGCCUCAUGUGGCUCCCCCCAGGAAGAGACCCAACUGUGAAAAGGUACUGAGAAAGCCACCAGACCAUGCCCAACCCUGAGAGUGGAGGCUCAGCUGGGUCACUUGCUGGGUGAGCAAUAGCAGACCAGUGACCUUCAUCUUCUCCAUGUUUCCCACAGGGGUGGCUUUUGUGGUUUCAAAAUCCAUCUUGACUUCGUGGCUCUCUCUGCACUUUGACCUCUGUCUUGCGAAUGCCCCUCAUGUCCAUCUCCUGUUUGGGGGACUCACUAGCACGGUGUGACCUUCACAAGUCCACACCUGGGCAGGCUGUUGGUGUUUCGUGGUCAUUAGGAAGAUACCGCCCUGGGUUUCCCUGUCCAGGGCCCCACUGCUUGAACACACUCUGGGCAAAGACUGUUUCUGUCCUGCACACCAUCUCCUCGCUUCCUGCUGACUCGUGCGUGUGCCUUGUGACCUCCCUUUGUGUCCACAUAUUGUAUAGCCUUGUCCUCGUGUCUGUGUGCCUGAGCCCCUCACGUUUCUGUAGGAUCAUUAGUCUUGCAUGUCUGCAAGCUGCCUUUUAUUGCCAUCCUUCCUGAGUGGGGCUUGGCUUUGUUUUGGAAAGACAUCUCCAAGCAGGAAUUUGCCUGCUUUUUACCAGAUUGGGGGACACUUCUGGGCUUUUGUACGAUGCUAUUUAAUGAGCCCAAGUCUUAGGGACUCAGCAGGCAGGAGCUUCUGGCCCAGUGGGACAUCUGCUGGUGGUCUGUAGGUGGACCAUGUCUCUCACAGGUGACCUCAGCCUGAGGGUGUCUUCAGAGGUGGGCACAUUGGUCAGCCAGUUGCCUCAGAUGCUACUGCAAGUCCUGGGGAGAUGUCACUUCCAUGCUGCUUCCAUCCACAUACUGGGAUUUCCCGAUGACAAAUCAAGAAAUAAAGGCAGUUUGUUUCCCC